GCCGGGACUCCGUCUCCCCAGCCCGGGUGGGGGCGCGUCCUGGGGGAUGGGGGGCGCCGCCCUCCUGCUCCUGCUCGCGGUGGCCAGUGCCCCGAGGGAGACCCGGGCGGGCCCCCACUCCAUGAGGCUUUUCUACACCGCGAUGACCCGGCCUGGUCCCGGUCAGCCCCGCUUCAUCGCCGUGGGGUACGUGGACGACACGCAGUUCGGGCAGUUUGACAGCGACUCCCCGGGCCAGAGUGUGGAGACGCGGGCGCCAUGGAUGGAGCAGGUCGGGCAGGAGGAGCAGGACGAGGAGACACAGCACCAAAGGGACAACACACUGAGGUUCCAAGCGCAACUGGACACCCUGCGCGGCCUCUACAACCAGAGUGAGACCGGCUCUCACACCUUCCAGAGGAUGUCUGGCUGUGACAUAGGGCCCGACGGGCUCCUCCUCCGCGGAUACAGCCAGUUCGCCUACGACGGUGCCAAUUACAUCGCCCUGAACGAGGACCUGCGCUCCUGGACCGCAGCGGACACGGCUGCUCAGAUCACCUGGCGAGAGUGGGAGGCCCAGGGUGUGGCAGCGCACUUCAGGAACUAUGUGGGGGUCAGGUGCGUGGAGUGGCUGUGCAGAUUCCUGGAGUACGGGAAGGAGACUCUGCAGCGCUCAGAUCCCCCAAAGACACGCAUGACCCACCACCCCACCUCUGAGGGUGAGGUCACCCUGAAGUGCUGGGCCCUGGGCUUCUACCCUGCGGACAUCACCCUGACCUGGCAGCGAGAUGGGGAGGACCUGACCCAGGAGAUGGAGCUGGUGGACACCAGGCCUGGGGGAGAUGGAACCUUCCAGAAGUGGGCGGCUAUGGUGGUGCCUUCUGGGGAGGAGCAGCGAUACACGUGCCAUGUGCAGCUUGUGGGACUGCUGGAGCCCCAAGUCCUGAGAUGGGUGCCCCCUCCUCAGUCCUCCAUCCCCACCGCGGGCAUCAUUGCUGGCCUGGUUCUUCUUCGAGCUGUGCUCCCUGGAGCUGUGGUGGCUGCAGCUGUGAUGUGGAGGAAGAAACUCUCAGGGAGACAAGGAGGAAGCUACACUCAGGCUCCAGGCAACAACAGUGCCCAGGGCUCUGAUGUGUCUCUCAGCCCCUAAAGCAUCUUUUAAAAUGAAUGUGAUGAGGGCCCUCCACGGUGGCACAGUGGGUUGAACGCAGUGUUGUGAAGCUGUCCCCAGCCUCCACAGUGCAGGUUCAAUUCCCGGCCAGCCAGGAAGACUCCCACAUGGCGGGGCAGACAUCUCCUCUCUCGCCCGCUGCUCCCCUCAGCAGUGCUUUCAGUCCGUCUGUCUGUUCUGCUCCCCACUCUGGUGAAUCCUGAUUCACCAGAUCUGGUGAAUCAGGUCUCUGGUGAACCUUCUCACUCUCCCGCGACUUGGGCCUGUACCCCAGCUCUUAUAUAAAUAAAAAAAAAUUAAAAAAAUGAAUGUAAUGAGGCUUCUUUUGUUCACACCCUGGACAGCACCUGGUAUUGUGCAGAGUUUGCAUUUUCAGUCUCUCCUAGGUGUGAUGGUGUCACUGUUCUUAACUGUGGUAGUGAGCAUUUGUUCAUAUUUUCACUUUUCUAUGAAUACAGUUGCUGUUUGUAUAGAAGUUUUGUACAUUUUUACAGAUAAAGUGCUGUUCAUUUAUUACACUAUUUUUGUCCUUAUUAAAAUUGGGUUAUUUCUUUCUGAUCAUUGAGUUUUCGGCAUUUUUUGUAGAUACAGUCCUUUGUCAGAUUCGUGAUUUGCAAAUGUUUCCCCCCAACUCUGUGACCUGAACUCCUUUACUGAUGGGAAAACAAACAGUAUUGCCCAGACAGGAGCAUGGAGAUACAUAUAUUUGGAAGAGAAAAGAUAAAUUGCUAGGUUUUGAGCAGAUACUGACUAACUGGGGUGUUGAGGGUGGAGAAGAAUGACUUAUGUGUGUCCUUGAGUGUUAUUUAAAUGUCCUUGUAUGAGCAUGAAAUAUGCUUUCUAAAGUAAAUUACACUUCAUUCCUCAACUUGUAAAACUAUUCACACAUCAUGACCAAACUAGGUGUUAAGACCAGACUGACAUGUGCGUUACAAGUAAUAGACCUGCUCGUCAUAGUUGCAAAGUCAUGGUUUCCCUUUGGGUUUACUCUGGUGUUGUCCGUUCUUGGGGUGUUGGACACAUGUGUAAU